AUGGAGAUGAAGGCUUUAGUUGAAACAGUUCGACCAGAGAAGUCCAAAGGAAAAGAAAAGGCUAAUGUAUCAUCUGAUGAACAACCUGCUGAAGACUCAUAUGAACCUUGCAUGAAGGUCCCUGUCUCAGCUUUGGAGGGAUGCCUGGCCUCCUUUAUUGCAGCAGAUGAGAGAAGAACUAAAGCCAGCACACAGUUCUUUGCAGAUACAGGUCUUAUGGCCAUGCUGUGUCGUCAUGACCAUGUUCUCUGGCUAGUAAACAUGACUACUGCUGGAGAAUGCCAAUACUAUGCUCUGGUAUUGAUAAAAAUGCUGUUUAUGAAUUUGCCUUUAUCAAUGACAGUUGGAAUUUUGUAUGACAUUGGAUGCCAGUUGGAGAGAAGUUGCCAAAUUUGGGGGUUCCUGGAGGAAUUCAUGGCAAGAAUCCUUUUUGCACUUGCAGUUUUCCAUGCAUAUGGACACCAGUGGCCCUGCCAACUUGGUUAUCACCCUCGUAAAUGUGAAGGUUUUGGCCUCUCUGAUGGUGAGGGUUGUGAACAUUUCUGGAGUGCUAUCAAGUUAUUAAUUCCUUCAAUGUGUGUGGCAGGGUUUUAUCAUCGGCUGUUUACCAUUGAUACUCAGGUCAAGCAUCUGGAUAAAAAGUCUUUUGAUAUGAUGGGUAAAUGGCUUCAACGCAAAUGGUUGUCUUGCAUGGAAAGAAAAAUUGAGGCUGAAUUGAUUCUCAAUGAACUGGGGUUGGAAAUUUCUUUGCUUGAAAAUGAAUGGAAGCAGCAAGUGGCGGCACAGACCAAGCCCUUGGCACAACAAUCAAAGAAUAUUGCAAAUGUUGCAAUUAAGGAAAUUUUGGCUUUAUAUACUGCAAAGAAAAGUUUUGCAACAGAGUUGGGAGGGCUUGAUGACCAGCUAAUUUCUGGGGUCUAUGGGGAUGAUAUGUCAGUGGAGGAUGUUUUGGCUGCACGUAAAGCAAUCAUGAAGAAGCAAGGUGUGAUUGAGGCAAAUAUAAAGACAAAGAAGAAAAGGCUGGGGGUUAAAGAUAAGGAAGAUUUGAAAAGUUUGAUGGGCAAUAAGUUUCUUCAAUUGAAACUUAAUGCCAGGGCUCUUAAACAAAGACUCAGAGAUCAUUUAAGAAAUCGGAAAUUUGAAUUGGAAAGGUUAGAGAGAGCAUAUCGACAAACAACUUCCAAUGAGACUAAAUUACAUUCACAUGUCCAGAAACAAGUCAAUAGGCAGCAACCAACAAUUGCUAGAUUGGCAAACAAGUACAAUGACAUGUGCUAUGAUAUGACAAAGCAAAUCCAGCAGGGAAAGGCCCCUGGCAAUUCUAUAGCCCCUGUGCCAAUCAAUCGGGAGCAUUUAUUUGCUCUAGAUGUGGAUGAUGACAUCUGGCAGGAUGUUGGAUUAGAUGAGAAUGAAAGUGAGGUUAUACCUGGCUGGCUUGGGAAUGAGAAGAUUCGUGAAGGAAUCAAAGGAAUGCUGACAACCAAGAGAUGUGCAGAAGAGAUGGCCAGAAUCAAACGAGAGCGAACAGCCCUGCAGGAGUGGUCAAGGGAAGAGUGGGAAGCUAUCAAUAUGGCCAUUCUUAUGUGUGAGGAUGAAGACAUUGAGCAUCAGUUGGUUAUCAGAAAGUCAAGACAUCUGAGUUUGUGUGCACAGUGGAGGGAACAGGUGUCUCUGAUUCCUGGCACAUAUCCAAUGUUGAAAGGAUGGGGACCUAAUGUCAAAGAUUUGGAGACUGCAUUGAAGGAUUUGUCACAAGAAAAUGUUGAUGAAGAGGGAAGUGAUGAUGAACAAUUGAAUUGCACAUAUAAUGUUGAAGAAGCAGACAACAACAAUGUUAUUGAAGAGACAGAAUUCAUGGCAGUGUCAGAUGCAUUCAGGGUAGCAGAUAAUGGGCUGGCCUUUGGGAGAUGGGAGAGUGAGGAUUUGUGGGAGGAUCUGGAAGAUGAUGAAGAAGAUAACUUGGAGGUUGGAACAUCUCGAAAGAGGUCAAGGCAGAAGUAUUAUAGGUAG